GCUUUUGUUUCUUUAAAACCUGACUUAAAGUAACCCAAUCUAAAUCUUCAUUCAUUUCCCUCAAGCAAAAUAAGAACGCAAAUGGGUUUUCACUUACCGCUUUACUUCCUCUUCCUGUUGUCCCCAAUAUUACAGGCAGCAGAAUCUGAAGAACCUGCCUGUGGUAAAGAAGUAUGUGGAAAUAUUACAAUUCCAUCCCCUUUUGGAAUCCAUAGCACCUGCUAUACUAAACCUUGGUUUAGAGUGACUUGCAACCCAACCCUCAAUAGGUUAAAGCCAUUCAUAAACGUAAAUGGCAUCGAUCUGGAGGUACUUGAUUCCAUAUAUUCAGACGCCAUUCUCAUCAAUAAUCCAGUUACUUACAUUAAUUGUGAUCGUAAAAACGAGGCUAGUGUGAGGGUCAAUCUCUCAGGCACUCCAUUUUUCUUCUCAAGUGACAUGAAUUAUUUCGGGUCAGUAGGUUUUGGAAAUUUGGCUACUAUCUUAAGUAACGAAGGUGAUUCACUUGGCGGCUGCAUUCAACUAAGGCCUGACGAUGGUGCUUCUGAAUCUGGCUGCAUUACUCUAAUUACUGCAAAUUUCAUUUCCUAUACUGGAAACAUGAGUGCCAUGUAUCCUGACAGCAGAAGAUGCGCAUCUGCUUUCAUCUUUAGCGUGUACUCUUUCAGUACUGCUUACUCAUUACCCACUGGCAUCAAUAUUCGAACCACGCAUGUUCCCGCUGUGCUCAGUUGGAAUUCCACCUAUUGCGGUGUCGGAGGAUGCUAUAGACCAGGACUAGGACCUAUUAACUUCAACACCUAUAAGGUAGAGUACUGUGGGAAUGUUACUUUUCACUACCCUUUUAGCAUGGAGGACCACGAUGAUUCCGAUGAAUGGUUUAAAGUAAUUUGCACCAAAGCUGCCAAUGGGGAAAAAGUGCCUUUUCUUAAACAUAAAUGGUACGGAUAUGCAAAUAUUGAACUUUAAUUUUUGGUAUGACACUCUCAAUGUCAACCAUCCAAUAACUUACUCCAACUGUAGACAAAACCAUCACAAUGGGAUGAGUCUCAACCUAAUAGGCACCCGCUUUUACUACUCAGAUUCUAAAAACAACUUCUGGUCUUCAGGUUGUGGUAAUUUGGUUACUAUUUUUGACAACGAAACAGAUAAUCUUAUAAGCGGAUUUU